CCACAAUGAAAGGAAAGUGACCUGUAAGCAUCCAGUCACAGGCCAGCCAUCACAGGACAACUGUAUCUUUGUAGUGAAUGAUCAGACUGUGGCAUCCAUGACAUCUGACGGGAAGAAGGAGCGGCCCAUCAGCAUGAUGAAUGAGGCUUCUAACUACAGCAUGACUCCAGAUCAUGUGGUGCAUCCCAUGAGCCCUGUGGGCAGAACUUCACGGGCUUCAAAAAAAGUUCAUAAUUUUGGAAAGCGAUCAAAUUCAAUUAAAAGGAAUCCUAAUGCACCGGUGGUCAGACGAGGUUGGCUUUAUAAACAGGACAGCACUGGCAUGAAACUGUGGAAGAAGCGCUGGUUUGUGCUCUCUGAUCUCUGCCUGUUUUAUUACAGAGAUGAGAAAGAGGAGGGCAUUCUGGGAAGCAUCUUAUUACCUAGUUUCCAGAUAGCCAUGCUUAGUGCAGAGGACCACAUUAACCGCAAAUACGCAUUCAAGGCAGCCCAUCCAAACAUGCGGACCUAUUAUUUCUGCACUGAUACAGGAAAGGAAAUGGAGUUGUGGAUGAAAGCCAUGUUAGAUGCUGCCCUGGUACAAACAGAGCCUGUGAAAAGAAUUACCUUUAAUUUCCGAGUGGACAAGAUAUCAAAUGAAAGUGCAUCAACUAAAGAAACCAAUAACAUUCCCAAUCACAGAGUUCUAAUUAAACCAGAAGUCCAAAACAAUCAAAAAAACAAGGAAAUAAGCAAGAUUGAAGAAAAAAAGGCCUUAGAAGCUGAAAAGUAUGGCUUUCAAAAGGAUGGUCAAGAUAGACCUUUAACAAAAAUCAACAGUGUAAAAUUGAACUCUCUGCCAUCUGAAUAUGAGAGUGGGUCUGCAUGCCUACCUCAGACUAUGCACUACAGACCCGUCAAUGUGAAUAGUUCAGAAAGCAAAACAGUGAAUGUCAGCUUGGCAGAUAUCAGGGGUGGAAAUCACCCAAAUGUAGGGCCCUUACCCACAGAGGCUGAUCGAGUCAUUCAAAGAACCAAUUCAAUGCAGCAGCUGGAGCAGUGGAUUAAAAUCCAGAAGGGAAGAGGUCUUGAAGAAGAAACCCGGGGAGUAAUUUCCUACCAAACAUUGCCAAGAAAUAUGCCAAGCCACCGAGCCCAGAUUGUGGCGCGCUACCCUGAAGGUUACAGAACGCUGCCGAGAAACAGCAAGGCCCGGCCUGAAAGCACGUGCAGCGCUGCCCCUUCCGGCCGUGAGAAGAUGGGGCCUGCAGCCGAGGAGAAGCGGCGGUCCAUGCGCGAUGACACCAUGUGGCAGCUCUACGAAUGGCAGCAGCGGCAGUUCUACAACAAGCAGAGCACCCUCCCUCGGCACAGCUCCCUGAGCAGUCCCAAAACCAUGGUGAACAUUUCCGACCAGACCAUGCACUCUAUUCCCACCUCGCCUUCCCAUGGGUCCAUAGCUGCUUACCAAGGAUACUCCCCUCAGCGGACAUACAGGUCAGAAGUGACUUCACCAAUUCAGAGAGGAGAUGUAACGAUAGACCGCAGGCACAGGGCUCACCACCCUAAGCAUGUCUACAUGCCUGACAGAAGGUCAAUGCCAGCUGGCCUGACUUUACAGUCUGUUAGUCCUCAGAACCUCCAAGGAAAAACGCCAGAGGAGCUUACGCUGCUGCUAAUAAAGCUGAGACGGCAGCAAGCCGAACUGAGUAGUAUCCGGGAGCACACGUUAGCACAGCUCAUGCAGCUGAAACUUGAGGCCCACAGCCCAAAGAAUGAAAUUCUUUCACAUCAUCUUCAAAGGAACACCAUAUAUUUGGAUCAUCAGAUGAAAGAAAAUGAACCUAUUAUCACCAUGGUUCACACAAUGAUUGAGAACUCGGCGCUAAGACCACAACUGUACCAGCAAUUCUUAAGACAGAAGAACAAGAUAAGUCUAUACUGUCUAUCCCAAGAUGAAUGUAGAGGCACAUUGUACAAAUACAGACCUGAAGAAGUUGAUAUUGAUGCCAAGUUAAGCCGAUUGUGUGAACAAGAUAAAGUGGUGCACGCUCUAGAGGAGAAGCUGCAGCAGCUUCACAAGGAGAAAUACACGCUUGAGCAAGCUUUGCUCUCAGCCAGCCAAGAGAUAGAGAUGAAUGCAGAUAACCCAGCAGCCAUUCAGACAGUGGUGCUGCAGAGAGACGACCUGCAGAACGGACUGCUCAGCACCUGCCGCGAACUCUCUCGAGCCACUGCUGAGCUGGAACGAGCCUGGAGAGAAUGUGACAAGCUGGAGUACGAUGUGAGUGUCACCAGGAACCAGAUGCAGGAGCAGCUGGAUCGCCUUGGCGAAGUGCAGAGUGAAUCAGCAGGAAUUCAGCGGGCACAGAUUCAGAAAGAACUUUGGAGAAUUCAAGAUGUCAUGGAAGGGUUGAGCAAACACAAACAGCAAAGAGGCACUUCUGAAACAGGUAUGACAGGAUCAAAGCCUUUCUCAACAGUUAAGUACAAAAGUGAGGAAGAGGAAGUAGUCCCACCUCGGCCUCCACUUCCUCGGUCUUAUGACUUUACAGAGCAGCCUCCCAUAAUCCCCCCUCUGCCCAGUGAUAGCAGCUCCUUGCUCUGUUAUAGCAGGGGCCCCGUGCAUCUGUCUGAAGAAAAGAAGAUUCAUCAAGUUCAAGGAUAUCCAAGAAAUGGAUCUCACUGUGGUCCAGAUUAUAGACUCUACAAGAGUGAGCCAGAAUUGACCACAGUGGCGGAGGUUGACGAGUCUAACGGGGAAGAGAAGGCAGAGCCUGUUUCUGAGGCAGAGACUCCAGCUGUCAAAGGUUCCCACUUUCCAGUUGGAGUUGUCCCUCCAAGAACAAAGUCACCAACACCUGAGUCUUCCACAAUAGCUUCCUACGUGACCUUGAGGAAAACGAAGAAGAUGAUGGAUUUGAGAACGGAGAGGCCAAGAAGUGCAGUGGAACAGCUCUGUUUGGCUGAAAGUACUCGACCUAGGAUGACUGUUGAGGAGCAAAUGGAAAGAAUCAGGAGACACCAGCAGGCAUGCCUGCGGGAGAAGAAGAAGGGGCCAAAUGUUAUUGGUGCUUCCGACCAGUCACCCUUGCAAAGUCCUUCAACUGUGAGGGAUAAUCCUUUCAGGGUUAAUCAGACUAGAAGAAAGGAUGAUAACGUUAAGGAACUGGACACUGUCCAUAGAGAAAAUGAUGUAAAGCCAGACCAUGAAACUUCGGCAGCAGAACCUGUCCAGCCAGAAGAAGCUGAACCCCCGAGGACAGACAUCAGCAGAAAGUUGAAAAGAAUGGAGAGUAUUUUUUAUGAAAUGCUUAUCACGCCUGAGCCAAAUGGAAUAAAUUCUGGGGAAGUGACGGAUACAGAAAGGAAUAAAGAAGAGAUGCCUGAGAAUGUUCCGAGCAGCCCUCAAGAUGAGGCUGAGAUCGCAAAUCAUCAACCAGAAGGCCAUCCUGAAGAGGACACACAGGGAAGCUUUCGUGAACAGGAAACUGGUGCUUCCUGUGGUCCUUCCUCUGAGUCAACUCCUGAGAUUUCUAGAGAGAAUGAAACAACAGUGAAAAGUCUGUCCCAGUCUCCUGAGUCCUCGGCAUCACCAGAUCCAUCCACUCCGCCACAGCUCACAGAAGGAUCACAUUUCAUGUGUGUGUAGUUACAGAAGGACGUCCUUCUCUCUGCCACUCUGACUUCUUCUGAAACGGUGCAGAGUUAAAGCUAUGGACCUUCCGCGAUGUAAGAAGAUGCCGUACAGUAUAUCUUAAAUCUAUGAAAUUCAUAGUUCUGAUGCUUUUGACCACAGAGCAUCGUUUUAUCACUUUUGGAAAAUGUUUAUUCCAAAACAGCUUUAAUGGCCCAUGUGUGCACUCCGUACCCCACGACUGUCGUUCUGACACCAGCUUGCUGCUAAGGCCAGAGCACAUGCGGCAAGGUGCUUCCAGCCUGCGGUCUCCUUCCCAGAUUCGAUGUUUCUGACGUCUAGGCGAUUUUGUAUUUCUUUCUGCUUUUCAGUAAAGUUAUCAUUUCCAACAAAGCUUGUUUUCUUUCUUUUUUCUUCCCAUUUGGCUACUGCAAUGCUUUGUUUGACACUUGAUUUGUAAAAAUUUUAUAUAAAUAUAUUUAAAAUGUGCCAUUUUGUUACUGCUAAGCGAAGUCUGUCCUGUUUUCUGCUCUAAUUCUUCCUCAGAUUGCAGUGUCAGCUGUUGCUGCCACACUCUCGUCAGCUUAAACACGUCAUUGCUUACCUUAAACAAAACAGUCACAAGUUAGGACUGAAGUACUGGGCUUCACGUCAGUGGAAUAGGAAUAGAGGUGUACAGCAAUAAGCAGGCUUUCAAACCCAGUGCUUGGUUCGUGUACAGAUGUAAUUAUGUUCAUUGUGUAUAUACAGUGAGCACAUGUAAUGUACUAAAGGCCAUGGGCUAUUGUCUAAAUGCACAUGUUCAGAUCUCAUUUCUUUUUUAUCAUGUUAAAUAAAUGUUGAUGUUCUUACA